AGACGAGGCUCGAGCCUCUUCACGGUCCUGAACCGGAACUGAACCGGAACAAAGACCCGAUCGUCAACAGCAUCCCCCCCCACCGAACCCCCGGAGCAGCCCGGAGCUGCAGCCUGGAGAGGACCGGAGGACAGACCGGAGGACACACCGGAGGACAGACCGGAGGACAGCGGAGACAGGCCGGGUCUGUCUGCCUGUCUGUCCGCCGACUGAACGCGAGACAAAGCUGCUUCUCACCGUUCAAACACUGAGUCAUGGUCGUGGAGACACCGGAGAGGACAUAGACAUGAUGGUGUCCAGAUGUGGACCUGUUCUGAUGUCACGCACCUGACAGUCUGAACCCAGGGUUUAACUGUCCGAGGACACCACACGAAAUACGGGGCUGAAACAUCUGCAGGACUCUCAGAGACAGAAACAUCUGGAGACAGAAACAUCAGGAGGACACAGAGACACAAACAUCUGGAGACAGAAACAUCAGGAGGACACAGAGACACAAACAUCUGGAGGACAGAAGCAUCUGCAGGACACGCAGGGACAGACUCAUCUGUAGGACACGCAGAGACAGACUCACCUGGAGGACACGCAGGGACAGGAACAUCUGAAGGACACACAUUGGAACAAGCAUCUGGAGGAUAUUUUGAUGUGGAGGACUUUAAGACAUGUUCGUUAGGACAUAAACGGAACUGGUAUAUCAAGGACAAAGAGACAUUUUAGAAAUCAGUCUAAAGAAGACAUUCACCGACAAAUCAGGACAUUAAGGUUAACAAACGGUGAGACAUUAAAAUUUUGGAUGUAAAGAGGAUUGAGAAGACAACACCAUGUCCCUCAGGUGGACUUAUCUCCCGGUUCCACUGGUCCUGGUCCUGGUCCUGGCGGGUUCUGUGUCCACGGCUCGCUCUGACAGGAACAUGGCGUCCGAGGAGAACGUGGGCGCCACUGUGAACGCCACGGUGCUGGACGCACGAGGAAACAGCGUCCAGAUGAUGAGCAGCGACGAGGGGACGUACGGACAGAACUCCCCCAAAGUGGACACCAGGGGGGGGGUGCAGGUGAUAGCACCGUCCCCACACCACGGAGUGGUGGACCGGCAGGGCUGCGACCCCAGCACUCGUUUCCUGGUUCCUCCUCGUAGUGUCCACUGGGUGGCGCUGCUGCAGAGAGGAAACUGCACUUUUAAAGAGAAGAUCCUGAAGGCGGCUGCCUACAACGCCACGGCUGUCCUCAUCUACAACAACUCCACCGACAAGACGGUCAAGAUGGGACAUGAAGGUACUGGUGACACGGUGGCAGUGAUGAUCACAGAGGCGUAUGGUAAAGAGAUUCUGGCUCACCUGGACAGGAACCUGACAGUCCUGGUCUCUGUGGUUGUGGGUCAACGUGGUCCCACAAAGAACAUCAACCGAGGCUCGCUGGUCUUUGUCUCCAUCUCCUUCAUCGUCCUCAUGAUCAUCUCAUCGGCCUGGCUCAUCUUCUACUUCAUCCAGAAGAUCCGCUUCACCAGCGCUAGGGACCGCAGUCAGCGUCGUCUCGGUGACGCGGCAAAAAAAGCGAUUGGGAAGUUGACAACGAGGACGGUGAAGAAAGGAGACAAGGAAACGGAUCCGGACUUUAACCACUGUGCCGUGUGUAUCGAAGCCUACCAGCUCAAUGAUGUGGUUCGAAUUCUUCCCUGCAAACACGUCUUCCAUAAAAUGUGUGUGGACCCGUGGCUGAACGAACACUGCACCUGUCCCAUGUGUAAGCUCAACAUCCUCAAGGCGCUCGGCAUCAUGACCAGUCUUCCCUGUGUGGACAGCGUGGUGUUGGACGUGGAGCGUCUGGGUGUCAGCCAGGCGUCCAGCAGCCAGAGGACGCUGCUGGGCGACAGCAACCAGCCAUCCAUCAGCCUGGAGCCACUCAGCCCCCCCCACCCUGAGGCCACACCCAGAACACCUGCUGAUAUCACCAUUGCCGUGACCAGCGGCGGUCACUUCUUCAACAGGAACUCGAUGUCUCCUCGCAGCCUGGUCAGUGAGAUGGAGCUGCCGGACAUCGCCUCGCUGGACCUCUACGACGACAACAAGUCAUGAGGCCCAUCGUCAUGUUUACACCCCCCCACCACCACCGCUAGGGAGGAGUCUGAUAACAACAUCUUGGAUCAGCAUCAAUUCUUGACUCAGUUCAGACCUGAAUCUUUCAUUUUUUAAUUUCUCCAGAAGAAAAUAAAGAGCUGCUGGUCGAUAUUCUAAUUGAACUGCUUGAGCUUAGGAACCAAAACCUGAACUGGGUUCUUCUGGAAGAGCCUGAGUCAUGUUGUUCCUGAAAAAGUUCAGUUAACCCUAAAAUCAUUCCUGUGUUCUUAGGAAAAGGUUCAUGGAAUCCCAAACUUCCUAAUAUGUUUCCUCAUCGGGUUCCUGGUUUCUAAAAGUAUCCUACAAAAUGUUGUGAAUUGCUUUAAAGGUCCUUAAAGCUCCCUGAGUUCUUUAGGGAUUGUUUGAAUACGUCGUUGCCCCCUCAUACAUGUUUGAAGUGUUUAUUGGAUUCUAAAAGCGAUCUUUGGUCCCUGGAAAACUGGCGGAUAUGUUCCUGCAUCAGAUGAGAUGCUUCACCUGGAAAUGUUUCUGAGUGCCUAAAAGAGUUCCUGGUUUCAAGUUCCUAAAAUGCUUCCUGGAAAAAGCUCCAAAAUUCUGAGGAAAUGUUUUCAGGAAUUCUAAAAAAAAAAGGUCCCUGGGUUUUUGGUGCUUUAAGAUUCUGGAAACUUUUCUGAAAAGAAAAUCCAAGUUCAGGGGUUGGAACAUUAGAACGCUCCUGGAGAAGUUGCUGAGUGCCUGAAAGGUUCUUGAUGUCUUAAAAUGGUUGCUGUACUGCUGUUCCUUGAAAUGUUCCUGGAAAUAUUGCUCAGCUUUUUACAGAUUCUGAGAACUUUUUGACCAGAACCAGAGCAGACGGUCAUAACACUGGACCUCCUGAUUGGCUGACUGAUGAUUACAACAGACACUGCUGGACUCUCUGAAUCCUGGAUCAGGAUCAGAACUCCUUGUCUGUAAAUACUGUUUGACCUGCUUAUCAUCAGCCUGGAACCAGGACCUGGACCUGAACCCUGAUCCUCUGGAGGAAACAAUCAUGUGACCCCUGCAGUAGUUGACUCUUAGAACAAAGAGAUAUUUGAUUUAAAGGAACAGUUGUUUCAGGAAACCUUCUCUGUUACACCACACUCUCUUCCUAUUGGCUCACAGGUCGGGUGACCCACGAUGAGUCCUGGACACGCCUCCUUUGUGUUUCCUGAAGUGACGGACUGCUACUUUAAAAUGUAUUUAAUAGCUUCUGAAUUACUCAGUGUCUAAUAAUCAGAUGUAAACAGCAUUAUACAAUCUAUAACCUGAUCAAUCGAUCAAUCAAUAUAAUCUCUGAAGUGACCUGAACUCAUCUGUGUCAUGUGGUACUGAUGAUGAAGAUGAUGGUGACAACAAUGAUCAGAGUAACAAUUUGAUGAUGAAGAUGAUGGUGAUAAAAAUGGAUCAUGGUAAUGACGAUGAUGAAGAUGGUAAUGAUGAAGAUGAUGACCUGACAGUCAUCGUAACAAUGUGAUGAUGAUGAUGGUGAAGAGUGUUCUCCCUCACUGCAGUUUCUUCCUCAACAUUAAAGUGUCAUUCACAUGAA